AUGGAGACGAGCAAGACAAGCAUCGAGCAGAAUGAGAACCAAAAUUCUCAUGCGCUGAAGCCUUCAGCUUCGAACCCCACUCCUGAGGAAUGGACACAGCACUUUACCCGCCAGAAUCAAGCCUGGCACAAUGACUUUGACAAGCGCUUGCUGGUUAAAGUAGACAGACGGCUCAUGCCAACCCUAGUGAUCAUGUAUCUACUCAACUUUCUUGAUCGAUCCAACCUCGCACAAGCCCGUCAGGGGACCUUGGAGGUAGACCUAGGCAUGAGCGGUACCGAUUUCAACUUGGCAACAUCCAUAUUUUUUGUCGGGUACCUCCUCAUGCAGCUUCCCUCCAACUUACUCUUGACGCGGGUGCGGCCGUCUUUCUAUCUCGCACUAUCUUGCUGCCUCUGGGGUGUUGUUUCGACUUGCAAUGCUGGGGCAAAGAACUUUACACAUCUCGUGGUUAUUCGGUUCUUCCUCGGUUUUGUUGAGGCGCCUUUCUUCCCAGGAGCUGUAUUUCUUAUGAGUUCUUGGUACACACGUGCAGAGUUGACUCGUCGUAUUGCUUAUCUCUAUGCCGGCAAUGCCCUGGCCAAUAUGUUUGGAGGUCUUCUAGGCGCAGCUAUUCUAGGCAACCUCGAGGGUGACUUGGGAAUCGCGGGUUGGAGAUGGCUAUUCAUCAUCGAAGGUGUUAUUGCAAUCGGCUUUGCCCUUGUUGCCAUGUGGAUCCUGCCCGACUAUCCUCACACAACGAAGUGGCUAUCCGAAGAAGAACGAGCUUAUGCCGCUUGGCGUUUGAUCGAAGACGUUCAGGAGGCCGAUACAUACGGCGAGCAAGGAAUGUGGGACGGCGUCAAGAUGGCUGUGCGAGACUAUCGCCUGUACAUCUUCGUCCUGAUGCAGCACAUCAGUUUGGUGUCGCAGACAUUUCAGUACUUCUUCCCCACCAUUGUUGGAACUCUGGGUUAUGGAAAGAUCAAUACGCUUUGGCUCACUGCUCCUGCAUGGUUUCUUUUUUGGCAGGCUGCAACCUUCCUCAUCUCACUAUGCGUUACUUACUCCUCGUCAAAGACAAAGGACCGAUCCAUUCAUAUCUGCUGCCUCACACUUCUGUCCGCUGUUGGCAAUGCCAUUGCCACGGGUUCAAGUGUGGUAGGAGUCCGCUACUUUGCUAUGUUUCUCAUGCCAAUGGGUGCUGUUUCUGCAUACCAAAUUAUUGUAUCAUGGGUUGCCAAUUCUUUUCCUCGGCCACUUGUCAAACGCUCGUCGUGCAUUGCCAUUGCCAACAUGAUAGGUAACACCGCCACAAUCUACGGCAGCUACUUGUACCCUAGUAGUACGGGCCCUCAGUAUGUUCCAGGAGGCUCUGCUAAUGCUGUCAUGUGCCUACUGGUUGGCGUGCUUGCGCUCGUCCUCCGCUACCUGCACAUUUGGGAGAAUAAGAAGUUGGAGAGGGCUGAACAAGAGGCUGCAGCCGCAGUGGAGGGUGGCGGGAAGAUCACUGUUGAUUUGACACAAGAAAAAAGAGCUGCCGGGUUUAGAUAUGUGUACUAG